AUGGCAAACAAGCUGGCCGAAAGGAUCAAAUACGCCAUGGCGCAUUUGUCCCACAAACAAUACAUCUCUCUGCUCGCGCGGCCUAACUGGAGGAGGACUCAAAGGAUGAACAUGAACGUUCUGAUAAAUCCAUUCUCCAUUCGACGGGCGGCUCUAAAAGCGCGCGCCUCGAAGCGUAUCAGAGUCAUGGCGCGACCGAAGCACGUUAACAAGAAAUACGAUCCGGCUCUGGCGCCACCACCUUACCCGCGAAUCCACCCGAAAACGCUCGAGGCCACGAUUAGCAAACGCAUCAUCGACUUGGCCCUGCCAAAAAAGAGGCAUCUGCUGGCGAACAUGAGGUACCAGACCAGCCCCAACAUCGCCGAGUUGCUCUCGAAGGUUCAGAACUCUCGGUACCGGAAGUAUCGGUACUUCUGCAACGUCAGAAUCCAGCGAGAAAUGAGGCAAAAGCAGAGGAUAAUGGCGAAGUUACGGAGAGCGGUGAAACCGGAGGACUGGGAUCAACACAUGGCGUUCUUGAAAAAGCUCGCUGCCCCGAAAGUGCCGCCCCGACCGACGUUUCCGGCCAGAAAAAGGAAAUGGAGGCCGGCGAACAUGCGGAGGAUCGAAGAGUUGGCGACGCCGUUGGUCAGGGAGAUGCCAGAAGUCAGGGAUCCGUUCGAGGUGCCCCAAAGCGCUCUCACUUACAUUAUCAGCAAGCGCAUCGAGAGCAUCGCGUACCCCAAGACCCCGCCUGUGAUUAUACCUCCUAAAAUCCCUGGGGCGGUGAGACGAGCCGCGUUGAAGGCGAUAGCUUCCCCAAGGAUAGUGCUCCUAGCCACGCCGGCGCAACGACCAGCAGGGAUGGAAACGGACCUUAGAGAAGACGCGUUCAAGGUCUCGCCAAAAGCACUCAAGGCCAAAUGUUCCAGGCGACUCAAAUUUUUGGCAAAGCCGAAGAGGUACAGAUGA